AUGGGGCGCUCCUCCAAGGACAAGCGGGACAUCUAUUACCGGCUGGCCAAGGAGCAGGGCUGGCGAGCCCGCAGCGCCUUCAAGCUCCUGCAGCUGGAGCAGCGCUUCCGGCUCUUCCAGGGCGUCCAUCGCGCCGUCGAUCUCUGCGCGGCACCGGGGAGCUGGAGCCAGGUCCUGAGCCGCAACCUGAGGGGCUCCGCGGAGGGCCCACCACAGGUGGUGGCCGUGGACCUCCAGGCCAUGGCGCCGCUGCCGGGGGUGCUGCAGAUCCAAGGGGACAUCACCAAGGCCUCCACAGUGCAGCAGAUCCAGCGCCACUUCGAGGGGCACUCGGCUGACCUGGUGGUCUGCGAUGGGGCCCCUGAUGUGACAGGGCUCCAUGACCUGGACGAGUACAUCCAGGCUCAGCUCCUAUUGGCUGCUCUCACCAUCACCACGCACGUCUUGAAGAAGGGGGGCACCUUUGUGGCUAAAAUCUUCCGGGGCAAGGACGUGACCCUGCUCUAUGCCCAGCUGCGCCUCUUCUUCCCCAGCGUCACCUGCGCCAAGCCCCGCAGCAGCCGCAACUCCAGCAUCGAGGCCUUUGUGGUGUGCCGGGGUUACAGCCCCCCCGCGGGCUUCGAGCCCAGCAUGGACAGCCCAUUGCUCCAUGGGGACCUGGCCCUGGCCCCGCCCUCGGGCCCCUCCCGCGUCCUCGUCCCCUUCGUGGCCUGCGGGGACCUGAGCGCCUACGACCCCGACCGCAACUACCCCCUGGAGCUGGACCCGCACCGCCCGUACCGCUUCCUGCCCCCCCCCGCCCCCCCCAUCGCCCCCCCCUACGCCCGGGCCCGAUCCCGGCGGCGGCAGCGCCCCGGGGGGGGGGAUAUGGACUGGAUCCAUCCCAGUAUAAACCGGAUCCCGGAUGCGUGGCCGCCCUUCACCGCCAUUGGCCGGGAGCGCUGCCAGUCCCCGCGCUGCGGCCUCUGA